AUGUAUCUCAAUGUUCCGGGUCUAACCGAUGCAAGCCUCACCCCGCAAGAGUCUCAUCACUCCCUCAGUCUGGUGUCGAAGUCACUGUUGGGCAAAACGACCGGCAGUCCCGAGGCCGUUGUGUCAGCCAAUCGACUCGGACACUGGCGUUCGUCUGGUACAACUCGAAAGCGACUCAUUGGCAGUGUCAUCUGCAUCCGCAGCAACACGAUUGGUAUUAAGCGCUGGUGUAUCGCAGUAGCUCAAUUAUCCGACUUCAUUUGA